CUCGCCACUCUCACUCCGCCACGCCGGAGCACGUCGCUGCGGCGCGCCUGCGCCCGCCACACACGAGGGGACUAUGGACACGGUGGCUCCCCGCCUGAGUCGCUCCUCGACGCGAUACGGGCCCAUCAGCAGCAGUGCUGCCUCCUUCAGUGGGCCCGUCCGGAAGUGGCGCAAGGCCUGGGUGCCCCUCACCGGUACCGGCACCGGCACCGCCGGGUCCGGGGGAGGGAGCUCACGAGGAGACAACAAGGUGGUUCUGUUUAGAUGGACGCCGGUGAAUGGUUGCUCAGGAGGAGGGGGAGGCACCGACGGGGGCAUGGAGCUCGCUGCUGCGGGGGCCUCCACCUGCAGGCGGCGCUACGUCCCGGCUGCAGGGGAGGCGCAAAGCACCACCAAAAAGGGCACCAGCAGCGAGCUCAACUUGAACCUCGAGCUGGAAGACCCAGACGACGACACUGAUGCCGACAUGAGCACCGACGAGCCACGCGAUGUAGAAGAUAACAGCGCCCGUCUAGAAAGCCGCUUGAAGCGGAAAGCAUUUUAGCCGCUGGUCACCUAGAGAUGCGGAUCGGCCUGAAUCGUCUGCCCUAGCUAGGCGGAUUUUGUGUAACAUAAUGUAGCAGCAUGUAACUUGUAUCCGCCACCUCGUCGUCCUUCGUCUGUUCCAGUUUAGAACAAUGGCAUUGUCCAUGACUGUUCAAGUCCAAGUGCUCAUGUUAUAUUUCAUAGCUGUUGGUUAUGACUUGCCACUUUGUCCUGUACGAAAUAUUGUCAUGGACUUUGUUCUAGUGUGUAAUGCUACAUGGCAACGUCUCAAGCAAGAUGUUAUAAGUUGUGGU